AUGAAUUUUUUUCGUUGCAAUUGUACAAAUAUCGAAUAAGGUUUGGAUAUACCAAAUAGUAAUCUCUAUAUUGAAUAAAUCAUAUUGCAUUCGAUGAACCAGGAGAAGGUUAUAUCUUUAACCAUGGAUUUAAAUGUAAUUUUGGAAGGAUUCAAGUUGAAUAGGAAGAAGGAUUGUCUUUAUUUACAAGAUCUCAAAGAUUUCAAGGAAGAUCUACAUUAUACUUUAACAAAAGUGAAUCCAUAGUUUUAGUAAUUUUUAGCAAUUUAAUAUGCUAGGAUCCCUUUAAAUAAUUAAGAUGAUAGUAGUUAACAAUUUUAUUUAAAUUUAAACUUAUAUGUAUAUGAAGGCUGUUAUAAAUUAUUAUACUUAUAAUAAAAAGAGUAAUAUUUCCAUAAAGAUGAUUACCUCUUUGGAGAAUGGGAAAUCAUGGGUUCAACUCAAGAAAUUCAAAUAGAAUUUAUAUGUAUAUUAUUCUGAAUUAUUGAUUCCUAGAAGAUAAAACUAGUUAAGAGUAAAAUCACAAUAUCCUUAGAGAUCUCACGAAUUGUACCCAAAAUCAAUAGGUAGAACACCUUAUUGAAGACGAAAAUCCAAAGAUAAAAUACUCAAUAAGCAAGACACCCAAACUCAAAAGAAAGCGCUGA